GAGCAGCGAGUCAAGAUGAGAGUUCAGCCGCGGCGGCAGCAGCAGCAGGAAAAACAAAAGGACAAGAAAUACAAAACAGACAAAGCCUUGCGAUUGCCUAUGAUCCCCAGGUGAUGGAAUCCCGAGUAGACUCGAGAAUGAACAACCCGCCAGAAAACGGUAAAUCGUCCGUGGAGAGUGGAGACAGCAGCACAGGCACACAAACGAAUGGUCUGGACUUUCAGAAGCAGCCUGUGCCUGUUGGAGGAGCAAUCUCAACAGCCCAGGCCCAGGCUUUCUUCGGACAUCUCCACCAGGUCCAGCUCGCAGGAACAAGUUUACAGGCCGCUGCUCAGACUUUAAAUGUACAGUCUAAAUCUAAUGAAGAAUCGGGGGAUUCCCAGCAGCCAAGCCAGCCUUCCCAGCAGCCUUCAGUGCAGGCAGCCAUCCCGCAGACCCAGCUCAUGCUGGCUGGAGGGCAGAUAACCGGGCUCACUUUGACGCCAGCCCAGCAGCAGUUGCUCCUGCAGCAGGCGCAGGCACAGGCACAGCUGCUGGCCGCUGCGGUACAGCAGCACUCCGCCAGCCAACAGCACAGUGCUGCCGGGGCCACCAUCUCUGCCUCCGCUGCCACUCCCAUGACGCAGAUCCCGCUGUCUCAGCCUAUACAGAUCGCACAGGAUCUGCAACAACUACAGCAACUUCAGCAGCAGAAUCUCAACCUGCAACAGUUCGUGCUGGUACAUCCAACCACCAACCUGCAGCCAGCACAGUUCAUCAUCUCACAGACGCCCCAGGGCCAGCAGGGUCUCCUGCAAGCGCAAAAUCUUUUAACGCAACUACCUCAGCAAAGCCAAGCCAACCUCCUACAGUCGCAGCCAAGCAUCACCCUCACCUCCCAGCCAGCAACCCCAACACGCACAAUUGCUGCAACCCCAAUUCAGACACUUCCACAGAGCCAGGCAACACCAAAGCGAAUCGACACUCCCAGCUUGGAGGAGCCCAGUGACCUUGAGGAGCUUGAGCAGUUUGCCAAGACCUUCAAACAAAGACGAAUCAAACUUGGAUUCACUCAGGGCGAUGUUGGGCUUGCGAUGGGUAAACUGUAUGGAAAUGACUUCAGCCAAACUACCAUCUCUCGCUUUGAAGCCUUGAACCUCAGCUUUAAGAACAUGUGCAAGUUAAAGCCACUUUUGGAGAAGUGGCUCAAUGAUGCAGAGAACCUCUCGUCAGAUUCAGCUCUCUCCAGCCCAAGUGCCCUGAAUUCUCCAGGGCAGGGAAUCGAGGGCUUGAACCGUAGGAGGAAGAAACGCACCAGCAUAGAGACCAACAUCCGUGUGGCCUUAGAGAAGAGUUUCCUGGAGAAUCAAAAGCCUACCUCGGAAGAGAUCACCAUGAUUGCUGAGCAGCUCAACAUGGAGAAGGAGGUGAUUCGAGUUUGGUUUUGUAACCGCCGCCAGAAGGAAAAAAGGAUCAACCCACCCAGCAGCGGUGGGACCAGCAGCUCGCCUAUCAAAGCAAUUUUCCCCAGCCCGACCUCCCUGGUGGCAACCACGCCAAGCCUUGUGACCAGCAGUGCAGCAACUACCCUCACAGUCAACCCCGUCCUUCCUCUGACCAGCGCUGCAGUAACCAACCUCUCUGUUACAGGCACUACAGACACCACCGCCAACAACACUGCAACCGUGAUUUCCACCGCGCCUCCGGCCUCCUCUGCAGUCACUUCCCCCUCGCUGAGCCCCUCCCCUACUGCCUCAGGCUCCACCUCUGAGGCCUCGAGUGCUAGUGAGACCAGCACAACACAGACCACCUCCACUCCUCUGCCCUCUCCUCUCGGGACCAGCCAGGUGAUGGUGACGGCGUCAGGGCUGCAAACAGCAGCCGCGGCCGCCCUCCAAGGAGCUGCGCAGUUGCCGGCGAACGCGAGUCUCGCUGCCAUGGCUGCCGCUGCAGGACUGAGCCCAGGCCUGAUGGCACCGUCUCAGUUCGCAGCUGGAGGUGCCUUACUCAGUCUCAACCCAGGGACCCUGGGCGGUGCUCUCAGUCCAGCUCUGAUGAGCAACAGUACACUGGCAACCAUUCAAGCUCUUGCUUCUGGUGGCUCUCUUCCAAUAACGUCAUUGGACGCAACUGGGAACCUGGUCUUUGCCAAUGCGGGAGGAGCCCCCAACAUCGUGACCGCCCCUCUGUUCCUGAACCCCCAGAACCUCUCUCUGCUCACCAGCAACCCGGUUAGCCUGGUCUCUGCCGCCGCAGCCUCCGCGGGGAACUCUGGGCCUGUCGCCAGCCUUCACGCCGCCUCCACCUCCGCUGAGUCCAUCCAGAACACGCUCUUCACAGUGGCCUCUGCCAGUGGGGCUGCCUCCACCACCACCACCGCCUCCAAGGCGCAGUGAGUGCUGCCCGCCUCUUCCAGCGCAGUGCCAUCGGGCAGCCAGCUGGCGACCGCAGGUGCCCUGGCUCCCUCUUGCCACGGUGUGAGGGCGAGGGAGAGGAGAGCAGGAAAGACACGUGCCGGAAAGAAAGGAUGAGGACCGGACUUCAUUUGCCUAAUUUUAUAAUAAAACACUGUCUUUUCAGGAUUGCUUCAUGGAUUGGAGAACUUUCUAACCAAAAAUUAAAAAAAAAAAAAAAGCAGAAACAAAAAAUCAAAAACAAACAAAAAAUAAGUGAAAGGACUACUUAUCAUUUCCAGCGGUCACGGUGGCAGUCAAGGUGGGUUACCAAUUCUAAUAUGGGUAGGAAGGAGAUUUCUUGUUUGUCUAAAGUCCUUUUUUUCUUAAAAAAAUCAUUUUUAUGGGUCUGUUGUACAGGCCACUACGUCAUAACAAGGUGUUUAUAAUCGUAUCAAUUGUGUUGGGGGUUCCUUUCUUAACUGGUACAAUUUAGGCAGGCCCGCGUUACUGUAUCUGUUAUUGUUGUUGUCAUGUUUUAUAUAUAUUUGGUUUGGACGUGUCUCGCUCCUGGAUCCUGCUUCAGUGAGCUCCCACUGUGGGGAGGGGUCGGGAACUCGAGUCCUUCACUGCGAAUGUCCUUGCUGGUUUCCUCACCCUGGACGCUCACAGAGGCCCUAGGAAAUGUUUUCUGUUGCCACUUAUGCAAGAGGCUCGGUGCAGAAGCUGAGGGCAGCGUGCGCAGACGCUCCCACUCCACACCCCCAUCAGGUGGUGCCUUUGGAGCACUUUUGUGUAGGAAGGAAUUCCUGCUGGACUGUAGCUCUCACUCAGACCUUGAAUGACCCGAGGCCGGGUCCCGGAGUGCAUCAGCGCCGCUCCUUGCCUCUCACGGGGCCGCACGUGUUGCAGGCGGGACUUGGCUCCAAGAGCAAAGACUACUGCAGACACCUGCCUGGGUGGUUCUCGUGACUCUGAUCUCCUGAAAAAUGCUCCUAUUGUUGCUGUGUGUGUGUGUUUGUUCCAUUGUGUGGAAGGUUUUCAACCGAACUUCCUUCAACUUAGCAAAGAACAAAUGUACUUGUUGGGAGUGGGGUGUUUCCCUCCUGUUCUCUAAAGGAGCCCUGCUAGCCUGCUCCCAUCGGUGAUUGAACUCCAUCCCCCCUCCAACAGGGGGAUGAGAAGAGUCUGAGGUUACACCUUCUCUAGCCACAGACUUUUCCCCAGGUGGCUCUCACCCGCCACCCCAAGACCGUCCUUGUCCCCUGGUGGAAAGGCACGCACUAGCUUCGUGGGUCUGGAGAGCCUGAGGACUGAGCAGGACCUGCGUGCACCUCACUUGGGUGUCUCCUGGGCUGGUUAGUGAUGCUCCUGUGAGGCGGGUCACGUGGCAAUGGUAGCUGUUCUGGGGAAGGGAGGAGCUUCUGGCAUGGGUGCGGUGUUUCUGGACUGUGUAAAUGAGCCCAAGAGAAGGGGGAGUUCAUGAAGUAGAUGAGGAGCGAGGUGACUGGGAAACGGGAUCCCCUUUUCUUUAUGGUAGCAUCUAUACCAAAACCCCUGGACUGAUCCCUGCAAUGCGCUCCUGCGCCCGCCCGCCCGUCUGACUGAUGAGGGUGAGGGCCAGCUGCUGUCCCGGGUGCUUGCUGACCUUGCCUGUCCCAGCUGCACUUUCCCCUUCUGAGCUUUAGGCUGAGGGCUUACCGGUCAUUUUCGUUGCUCGACUUGUGCUGGAGGGAGCUUGGUUCUGUGCACUUAUGUCUCCACGGCCUUGGGAAAGGUCGUGCAUUUCUGUUUGUGAUCGUCCAAGUGGGAGACAGGCACAUUAAUGUUAAAAGGCCAGAAACAUUUUCAUCCCCUUGUUGAUUUUUCUUUUGUUCCAUCUGUCUUCCUGUUUUAUUUCACAAAGUAUUUAAUUCCCAUCCUCGGUGUCCUCUCCUCACCCUUCCCUUUCCCUAAAAUCCCUCCAAAAUCAGUGAACUGCAAGCAGGGAUACUAACAAAUGUCCACCCACCUUUUUUAUGUGUGGUGUGUUGUUUUUUUUUUAAUGUUUUUGUGUGUUUUUUUAACUAAGCUUGAACCAAAGUCAAUUUUUAGCAAGCUGCUGUACUAAAGGACUAGUUUUUAUCGUGCGGUUCAGACACAUUGAGGAGUUAGAUGCUACUGACAAUUUCUUUUUCAUUGUCUUUAAUAAUUUUAUAUAAAAGUUGCUGCUUCUUUUAAUCUUUUAUGUUGGUAAAUUGUACUAUCCUCUGGGCAGACAUGAACUUGAUUUUUAACUAGUUUAUUUAGUUUGGUGUGUAAAUAGAAUAGCAGUGUCGGUGAACUAACAUUUCUCUCUCUGCCCCUCAAGUUCUCUGAUGUAGUUAAAUUUAGUCUUGUAUCCUGACUUGAUAUCUCUAACUUUAGUCUGUGCUAAUGGUUGUAGGACUAUCAAUAAUACUGCAGCUGCCACGGGAAUGGGUUGCGCCCUUGGGAGUGGCAGGUUCCAGGCAAGAUUCAGGGAGGGGAAUGCUGAUACCCACCAUACUGGGUGAGAGGCUAUAGCAUUAAUUCCCAAAAUGACUACCAAAGGAAGUGUCAAGGCCCAAGGAACUCCAGCCCAGUGGCUAACAGCAAGGGCCAGGACUGUCUGGGUUUGUUUCCUAUGUGGCUCCAAAGAUGCUCCCUCUCCCAGGUAAGACUCACCAAUGGACUUUAAUAUGUAAAAGGAUACUAAACAUUCAAGUCAGUGUGAUGGUCUUCAUUCCCAGCCCUGUCUGUAUUCUCUGGUCAGUUUAGGAUAAGGGAAUUGUGCCUGGGGAUCACUUUAUGAUAUUAAACCAGCAUAAAAACCUGUAUUUAAAAGAAAUAAAUCUUUAGACAAGUAAAAACAAGUUGCGAAAUGAACGUACAUUUAUACAUGUACGAGAAACACUAAAACAGCUUGUUGCUGGGUGGAUAGCUUAAAUAGAUCCCCAGCCCCACCCCUAGGAACCCCACUGACCAUAUUGCUUCAUGACACAACCUGCAGUCCUUUGUCACUGUGUCAUCUUUAUCAUCUCCACAAAUGCUUUUUGUGUUGAGUGAAUCGCUGAAGCUGGAUACUCAGAUGUAGCUGUUAGACACCUUAUGUGGGAGUCUGGAAAUUAAGAGGGGCAACUGAUCAAAAAGAGGUGUUGGGUUGAGUUCCUGCACUUCUAAGAGGAAGGGCCAGACAGGCCAUCCCAACUCAUUGUGUCAGUCUUCUUUUUUCCCCUUAAUGUUUAUGCAAGUUUUAUUUUAUCCCUGAAUUUGCUUAACACAUUAAACCAAAGACUAAUUCUAAUGCAUUUGUAGUGAUACUAUAUUUGCCCAUGGCGAUGGGCCUUCCCGAGGGAGCGCUGAAUGUAACUGUUUGAACCCACUCAUUGCAAGCAGCGCAGUGUGGUCGUGCACGUGAUGUGUGCCCUGUGUAAAUCUGAGGGACGAGGCAGAAAGACCUAGAAAAGGGCUUCUCACAGGAACCCUGUUACUGUCCCUGAUUUAAGAAAUAGGUUGAGUACUGUAUUAGUUUAAAUGUUUCUUAAGUUAUGGAGGCAGCUCUUUAGAAUUAUGUAAAUGGUGCAGUCCGUUAUGUGAUGUCACAUACUUCCUGUAUUUAUUUGAUAAGAAAGAUCAAUACAGCCCCAUUUACUCAGCUUCUUGUCAGAGAGAUGGAACCACAGGAGCCUGGCUGCUGUUCUGUGUAGGACCACACCUGUUUGUACUUCAUGGUAGAUUAUUAGAAAGAAUUUUUUUAGAAAGAAAAUAAGAUUAGUUAAAAGGCUUCUAGUGAGAUUUUUUUUUUACCAUUUGUUCCACAUAAUUCUUUCAUUGUUGGGGGGAAAAGCACAAUUAUACCUCUUUUUUAUUUUUAAUGUUAUUUUGUCCUAUUAUCCUUCAUUUAUUUUCAAAAGUAGGGGAACCUUGUCUACAUUAUCCAGAAGCACAGAUAUUUGCUUGACACAAUAUUUAAAUUCAGCCCAAUCUUUAACAUUAAAUUUUCUAUUUAAAUUGCUACAUUUGCAAGUAUGGGAAAUUAAUGUCGACUUUUAACAUUAUAAAUCCUAAUAGUAAACAUUGCAAUUAGUAUGUACUAGACAUGUGGCUUACGGAAGACACUGAUUGUAGUUCAUAGUCUAAAGUUGUUCCCAAGCCACGUCCUCCUCACAAAACUUUCUUACGGAGAAAAAAGUAAAAUCGGUGAGAUGGGAAGAAAAGGGAGCAGUGUUGACAGGGAGAGGCAGGGCCGGGGCUCCUGGCUGGGGCGAGCAGCGGGGGCCUGGCACCCCCAGCGCCACUUCCGAGCCUUCAGUUACAGAAGAGCCGAGCAGCUCAUUGUGAGAGUUUGGUCAAACGCUUUCUCAGAAAUCUGCAUCAAAAAUUGAUGAAUUUAAAAUUCUGUUUUUCAAACCAUGUUUAUUAGAGCUGAAAACUUUAAAAGACCAAAGAUCUGGAAUGUAAACUAAUGCCAGUGGGAGUGAGUUGACGGGUUAAUUUGAUCACGAGCAUUAGGAGGAUACUUUUGUGCCCGUGUGUGACGAGCGUUCCGUGUGCGGCCUCUUCGAGUAAUGCUGGCCCCGGCCAUUCUGGGGUCAUUUUCAAUCUUAGACAUUUUGAGGACAACACUUGAUAAAGUGGCAAACCUUCCUGAGCAGCCCCUGCCUUUGGAGAAGGAGGAAACCCUCCUUGGACCAGGAAUCGCUAAGGCAGCUGACGGAGGCGUGCACUGCGCAUGACUGCGAUCCUGGGCGAGGCUGAGGCGGGUCCCGUUCUGCCUCCUUGUUUCUCAAUCCAGAGAGAGUAGACGGGACGCCGAGACUCCCAGUGAGAUGUCGGAAGGGUCUCAGAGGGCAGGGUGUUCUCUGAGUUGUUCAGAUGUCCACGUGGUUCGUGAGCUGCUGCUGCUCCCACCACCCUCAUUGGUGAGCAGCGCUGUCCUGGCUCUGCCUCUCGGCCUUGGCCCCACGCAGGAGCCGUGGGUGCAGCUGUGUUGGUCUGGAACCUGGAUCUCCUUUUCUCCCUUCCUUCUCCCUUUGAAUGGCGACACCUUAAUCCGUGAGGAUAGUGCUGGAGGGUAGCGGUGGCUACUGGCCCCUUCAUGAAAUACCUCAGUGUAGUUUAGCAUUGUUGCAGAACUGGUUUUAAACUAAAAACCAAAUAAACAAAAAGAAAAAAGCUUUAUAAAUAGUGGAAAUAAUUCUAGCUGUAGCAUUUAGUUGACUGAUGUUUAUUAAGAUGGAUAAACAUGAUUGAUGCUGUAUGUAUUGGGAUCCUGUUUAUAGGUUACAGUUUAUGGGAUUCGAGGGGGGUGGGGUGGGGGACGAGGAGAAGGUGUCUGUUAGAAGGAAUCGUUGCUCGUUGCUCGUGUGUGUUUGUUGUUCCUUCUCUCUCUCUUACCAAAGGAAACUUGACUGUCCCUGUGACUGGGCUUGGGGUUUGUUGGCCUCUCUGUGGUCUGACCUGCUGGGCAGUGUGUGGGGCAUGCAGGUGGCACAUGGGUUCAGGGUCCCUUGGGCAUUGACAUCCUUGCUAAGGCGGCCUGUGCCCCCAGAUCAGCCCUGCCAGCCUCUCCCAACGGCUCUUACCUCUGUAUGUGGCAGGCACGUGGGCAAAGGAUGACUGUGCGAUGCCGGGUGGAGAGGUGGCAGUAGUGCCCUGUCCGCGUGGACGGCAGAGCAGAAUGAGUGUGUGGGCCUCAUCACCUGGGAAGAUGAGCGUGGACGGCUCUUGUCGCCUGGGUCAUGUUGGACGUGCUGGUAGCACACACUCUUGGACCCAGCUGACUUCCGUCCAGACCAAAAAUGCAAAAGAAGGAAAACCAAACCUAGAAGUUGACAGCCGUCCUGCUUGCCCCCCCACCUCAGUGACGUGUGACCUCUGGGGAUUGGUUGGCUGGUGAGAUUGAGGAGGGUGUGUUCUGGGGGCACGUUCGGGGGGUGGGGAAGGACGAGACUUUCUGCCCGCACUGUGGGACAGGCUUUCUCGGCCCCCCUGAGUCCAGACUAGGCACUUCUCCAGAAAGCCUGUUUGUAAAUGAAUGCCCGUCUCAUGGAACCUCAGUGGGAUCCGGUUUGGAUACCAGAGACACUGCUCCGUCCUUGCUUAUCCUGUUUCAACCGGCAGAAGGAAUAGGAACAAAAAGCUGGAACUUGGGAAAGCUUCCCCGCUGUCCUCUCCCUCCCGCUCCCUGAGGAGGGCCUGGUGGUCACCCUGGCUUUGGAAGAGACUCCUUUAGUUUCACUCGUUGGUCUGUAGGACGGAUGGGCCGCUCAGUGUCGCUGGGACGUUCUUGGAAUCGCUGGGGGCUUGGGGGUGGGUGGAAGGGGGUAGGGUUCUUUCUUUCCCUUCAUCUAACACGUGUAGAGCCAGUGCAGAUAAGUUCAGGUGAGUGAGAUGUGCUGUCAAUGUACAAGAGAAGCAUUUUCAAGAGCAGGUGAUGUGGAGAACCAAGACCUUCCUUGAAGCUCUGCCCAUGGUGCCGUGUCGUUCCAAGCUGUUCGUGCACGUGAGCUCCUGGGCAUUGAGGAGCUCAUUGUUUGGGGCACUAUUGAUGACCCAGAAAGGGAGGGAGGGCAAGAAAUGUAUUGCUCUCUCAAUUUUUCAUCAAAAACUGCCAGGGUGCUGGGCAUAUGGCAGCUGUGCUAACAGUCUUGCUGACAGGAUGUGACAGUGUCAGCCCUGGCUUCACAGGACGCUAGAUGGCAGGGCCUGGGCGCUGAAGGGAGAAGCACUCGAAGCAGAGGCUAUGGGAUCAAGGGUUAUGGAUACCACUUUGAGUGCAGAAUGGGACUCCCUGGGGUGGGCAGGGUCCCUGGGUUUGCCCACUCUGCCAGGGCUCAGCCACCAUCAGAUAGGUCAGACCCCAAAACGAGUUUCCUGUAGAAACAUCGUGGUCUGCUGCAGAGUCCCCUGGAUUUUCUUAGUUCCUUGCUCAUUGCUGUGCUCACGGCCACACAGCAGCUGAGGCCUCCUUCAGACUCUGCUGUUUAAUGAGGCUUCCAGAUGCUUCUGUACAGUCGGGCCCCUUUGGAGGGAAGGACAGAGCCAGGCAGACACAUGCCCGUGCUCCCACCUGUCUCAGUGGGAGCCUCGGGCAGGAAAUCAGUGCACUUUCAGAAGCUCCGGGACAGCGCCAGCCAGGUCGGUGCCCUGCCUGGGUGUGCCCUGCCUCGGUUCUGACCUGCACAGGCCCAGUGGGGCCCCUCGUGCCCGCCUGUUGUGUGAGCAUGAGACCUGCGGCCGUAUUGGAACUGGCCUUUUUGCAAUAUAAACCUCCUGUCCCGGGGCCAGGUCGAGGCCAGGUCGGGGAGACAGACGGGCUUCCAGCUUCUGAACUCUGCUCCAGCGGGCCUUGCGCACCGCUGGCGGAGGAGGAGGCCCGCUCUCUGCGGAGACGCCUUCUCCCACCGAAGGUCAAGUCGUCCGCCUGUCCCUUCCUCUGGUGGCAACAGAGGCUAGGCGAGUAAGCACGGGCCUCUCCCACCGCAGCCAGGGCGUCGUAUACCUCAUUCUAACUCGUGACUGAGUAACUUGCUUCAACUUCCUCUAAACCUUACGGAGUUGCCAAGUCUGCCCUCCCUCCCGUGAGUCAUGCUGAGCUCUGGCCUAUAGCAUUGCGGGAUCUGGGGCCUGGGGUGGGCCCACCUAGCGCCUCUGAAUGUCGCUGCUUGAAAGCUACUGCAAGUGAGGGCAAAUGGCAAUCUUCUGGUUCUUUUGUUGGAAGAGGUCUUCACAGGUCAGGGGCCCACUCCCCGCACCUGCCUGUAGGGGCUGGCCGGCUGUCAGCCCCCACCCCACCUUUCCGACUGCUGGCCACACGCCAACUCCUGUCUUGGCCUUUCCCUGGCGGCAGGAGGCCACCCCUUCCCUCCAAGGCCUCUGGUUCUGCUGGCUUUCGGGACUGGGUGGAAGGGAAAACACCAAAGAGGCCCUUUGCGCUGACUGCUGCACACACAUUUCACUUUUGUUCCUUUGACAUGACCAAAAAAUCCAAAUAUUUAAGUUAUUAUUAUUAGUUGACAAUCUUAUGUCCCGUGGGCUCUCUGAAGCCGCACCCGGCCCGUUUCCUUUUCUUUGAAUGUAGUUCCCGCCUCAGUCCCCACUCCGCCCGGAAGCUCCGCCAGGUCUUCCUCUGUGAUUCGCCAGGGAGGGUGGUUUCUUUGUUUGGUUUUGUUUUGCUUUUUAAAUUUCCAGCCAAAACCAAAGAUUUCUUAAUGAUUGUAUAAACUCAAAACAAACAAAAAAACCAAAGAAAAGGGCAGUCUUCAGCGUCGAUCCAGUCUGUGGCGUCCUGGCUGGCGCCGAGCAAGGCCGGGCAGGUGGGGCUCUGGCCGCGGAAGGGCAGGUGUGCGCGCACUCGGCCUGGAGCUCGGGCCCUGCCGACUGUGAACAUGCCGUGGAGCACAGUGGCGUUUCAGAUUCUUCAGAACAGCAGACAAAACCCAUCGCCACGAUAAUCCGCCCACAAUGCCACGGUCACGGCCAGGCAGGGCUGAGCCCAGGACGAGGAGGGUGGGUGCUGCUGGCCCAGGACUCCACAGAGUGGGGAGGCCGAAGACAGACACUGGCGCAGGACUGGCUGCUCUGCUGGGUGCUAACCUCUGGGCUGGCGCUGAGCACGCCCAGGGCCCUUCGGAGCCUUCGUUCUCUUUCCUUUCCUGGGACCGCGGCAGCGGCUGUCCCCGCGGGAGCGUGCAGAGCGCUUGUGGACCUUUCAUUCCCCACUGUGGCUGUCUCCUUCCUGCGGCGCGCUGCGCAACUAUGCAUCGUGUUUCUCACCUGUGCUAGGUAGAUGCCUGUGACUUUUUAACUGGGGGGCGGGGGUUGCAAAUGAAGGAACUUUUUACACGGAUCUUUUUAAUCUCAGCUUAUGGGGGGGUGGGUUCUAGGGUCAUACAAGCUCUAUCCCAAAGCAAAACCCAAAUGUUAGUAAUCUUAGGCUGACGCAGAUACCAAAGAGAAUCCCGCCCUGCACCGCAGACUGCGGAGUGCGCGCACCGCACCUGCACUCGUCUGACCUCAGCAGUUCCAAAGCGUAGAUGUAUAUUUUGGUAUAUUUCUGGGAUAUUAAAAAAUGUUGUUUAACUUCUCGUUUGUUUCCGUGUAAAGUCAUAGCAUGAAAAUAACUGAACUGUCCUAUUCUUAGUAGUUUGAAAUAAUAGUAUUUUUGUAUGUUUGGGUGUGUCUAUGUAUGUAUUAACAUAACAGUUUUCACUGCCUCGGAGUUCCUAAUAAAAAGAAAUGAAACGCUCUGCGUGUCCAUGCUGUCCAGUAGUAAGCGCCCACCCCUUUAGUUUGGAGUGCUUAUGGCUGAUGACCCGCCCACUGGGGCUUUGUUUUCUUUUAAAGAGACAGCGAUCGUGUUUUUCUAAAGAUGUUUUCUUUCUCUCUGUCUUCAAAUAACUCCCUCACCUUUUUUUCUUUUUCUUUUUUUUAAAAUAUUGAUUCAGGGGUGUUUUUCCACUGUUGUCAAGGGAGGGACACGAGGGGGAAUUGGCCCCUUGGCCUCCCAUACAUUUUUGUUUUAUGUGCCUAACUUUAAAAUGUGAGUUUGAGUUCUCUUUUGUGGAAACUUAAGAUGUGGUGUAUGAUUCUUUCCAACAUGGUCCAGCAGCUCCAGCGAGGCAGUGACCACUCCUGGGGAGUUGACGGGACCCCUGCCCCGUUUCUCCUGGUGGUUUCGCGAUCUGGGUGGCUAUUGUGUAGCCCCACUGCCCCAGACGCCUGGGUAGCCAGUGCCCCCCUGCCGACCCCUCCCAGGAAUAUUUCGUAAGAGUCAGCUGAUAACAUGGCAUGGGGACUUUGCAUUGGGGGGGAUUCGCUGAUGCCUCCCGAGGCCUGAGGAGUCAGGGGACAUAAGUGGUGCUGUCUCCUUAAAAGUGCCCUUCCUGUGACCCCUCCUGGGCCGCCCACAGGCUGUGGGCUUGGGAGAGGCUGUGUGGGUGGCUGAAUCAGAAGGAAAUGCUAGGUUUUGUGUAGAUGCAUUUGUCUGCUGUAACUUUUUAUAUAUAUAUUAAACUUAACUGUAACUGUACAGUUCAUUUCUGUUGUAAAACAUCAUUAAACCAUUUUUCCAAGUGUU